UGAUCCGAGCUGAGAAGCGGGCUGGGCAGCCAGCAUGCCAAUAAAACCACAGGCACUGCAGAUAACACUGUAGAUGCAUGCAGGCGUGCUGACAGUAACGUUAACAGUAAAAGGGGUUUUUUUUUUAAUGGACUAGUGUAACACACACACACACAUUAACACAACAUUCAUACACGUAUAUUUACGUUUAGGGUUACAACAGGUUUCCGGUCCACCAUCGGAAGUGCAGCAGUUUGCAAGAUGGCCUCCUCGUAUGUGUCUGGUGAAUCUGGGAAGUACAUCGCGGCCUCGCAGCGGCCAGACGGGACCUGGAGGAAGCCUCGGAAAGUGAAGGAGGGAUACGUGCCCCAGGAAGAGGUGCCCGUCUAUGAGAAUAAAUACGUCAAGUUCUUCAAGGGCAAGCCUGACCUGCCUCCGGGGAUGAAUCCCGAAGUGGCACAGGCCAAACAGCAGGGGGCGCCAGCGAGCACAGACACAGCCGGGCUCUCCAAAACAGCCAAGCGCAACCUGAAACGAAAAGAGAAGCGCAAACAGCAGCAGGACAAGGGAGGCGAGGGAAAGGAGGAGGAGGAGGAGGAGCCGGAGCUGAGCGCUGCAGUGGAGAAGCUGGAGAUCGGCAACCGGGCCCCCCAGCAGAAUAGCAGCAAGCCCCAGCAGCAGAAGCAGGAGGCCCAUGCCAGCUCUGCCACUGACAAAGCCAAGAAGAUCAAGAACCUGAAGAAAAAGCUCAGGCAGGUGGAGGAGCUGCAGCAGAAACUGGACAGUGGAGAGGUGAAAGAGCCGACCCCGGAGCAGCUGGAGAAGCUGGCGCGGAGGAAAGCCCUGGAAGCCGAGAUCGCAGAGCUGGAAUCGUAGGCAGGGCUGUCCUGCGUUCACUUACCUUUCCAUCCCAGGACCUCAGAGAGCACAUCCGCCCAUCCCUUUCCAAACAGCUGUCUUCCGCAGCAGCAGAACGUGUGUAAUUCAUAAAAAUACAUUUCAGUAGGCAGUCGGUCUGUCAGUGGAAGUGGGCUGAAGGCUGGUCCAUACCACACUAUAAACUGUACUCUAUACACUGCACUGUACACCCUGUGGAUCUGGAGUUGAGGGGGUCAAGAACACAGAACUGCUUGUCGGGGUGCUGGGACUGAAAUUAGCUUUUUGUAAAGUUAAUCCUCCAGCCUGUAAGCAGUGCUGUGUUUUAGAGCUAGGAAGACCUUGCCGGAUAGACUCUGAGCGAUCAGGCCCAGGCUAAGCCUAACCCUGCUAGACCCACCCUGAUUGCCUCUGUCUUCUGGCAGAUCAUUUCUCUACAGCUUUAAAACCAACAGAAACCUUUUUAUUAGCACUGCUGCAUUCUUAAAGUCCCUGGUUAUGUUGCUAUUGUAUUUUCACUUUGCCUUUUAUUUGAUCGUUGUUGCUGUUUGCAAGAAUUCUCAGUGGCUCUGUAACUCCAACAUUGUGUUAUUCGCUGAUGGAGGGCAGCCCAGUCCUGGCACUUAGGAUUCUCCAGGCAAGCCCAAAGCAAGCUGAAAGACAGUAGGUAUUGAGAUAGACAUGCUCAUAACUAUCAGAGCGACAGAAGCACUCCGAACGAUUGCAAACAGCACACUAUAGUCAGGGCAAGUCGGGUGACAUUUGAACUGACUGUUUAAAAUGAGUGCUGAUUGGGUGUGCCCGUGUGUCCCUCAGUCCUGUUCAAUUUGAUAGGAAAAUAAGGUUCAUUUUUUUUUCCCAUCAUUACUUAAUAGAAGCCAGGUGUUGUUGGCUUACCUGUUUGUUUACAUCCUCUCUGCAGGGAGAAACUGAAGCCGGCUUCUUGUGACUCAAACACAUACGUUUUGGGUUUUGCUGUGUGCUUAAAACGAAACACAAUGCCAGUAUAGUGCUCCUAACUAAUCGUGCACUCCCUUUUAAAAUAAGGCUGUAGAAAAACUCCACAGCUGUGACAUAUAAAAAGAGGAAUGAUUCUCGGCUCCAACAUAUAUGCAAUAUCAGAAAAGCAAUGCCGAAAUUCCUGUGCUAAUGACAUUUUCUUUUUUGCUGCCCCUUUAGCUCAGUGUGUUUGCAUUCAUUGGGAGUGCUUCUGGCUGUAGCUGCUCAGAUGCUGUGGUGUUCGUGUUCUCUUUUUAGAAGUCUGUGGAGGUGCUCAGAGUUCAGGAGCUGUGCUUCUGUUCUGGCUGCCUGCCUCAGCCACAUGUCCUGGAAGCCACCUUGCCGUUUUCCUUCAGUUACACUGCAGUGCACUGGAUAGAGCUGGCACUUAGUAAUAUAAAACACUUUGCUUCCAUUCUAUUCCAUUACAGACGACUAGGGCAGGCAACGAGAACUCGAGAACAGCUCCGGGACACUCUGUCACCUAUCAGAAACAGCUCCGAGACACACUGUCAUCUUAACACAAAGAUUGUAUAAGUAUUGAAGUAUAAGAACUCCUGAUAAUGAUUACAAACACCAUGAAAAGGGGAGGGGAAAGUUUAAAAAAAAACAAAAAACUAUGAAAAAUUCAUUUUAAUCUACUUUUAAAUAUGCAACGACCAGAAUGCAACCAGAAACCCAACAGGCUAGUUUGUGCGUGCGUGUGCAUGCGUGCGUGCGUGCGUGCGUGCGUACGUGCCUGUGUGCUGGGAGAGUUGUUUUUUGAACUGGACAGGUUCACACUGCUAAUAGUGGCUGUGACUUUUGGAAGGGACUUGUUAAAAGCAUGUAUAUGCUGUUUUCAGUUCUUUGUGUUUUUCAGGUUUAGUUCUCUAUUGCACUCAUGUAUGGGGUGUUGGGGUUCUGUCUACCAUGCUGUGCCCAUCUCCUAACUUUCCAACACAUUUCCAGUGUCUGUUGUAGGCCACUGUCAUGAACCAAGCUUUACUGUAAAAAAAAAUAAAAUAAAUAAAUACAUUUGUUACAUUGUGCUAAAAAAACAGGCGAUGGAGCCAAAGUGGCUGUAUAGGAAUCCAGUUUCUUAACCUUUAGGAAGAUAAAGGACUAAGGGGAAGAAACUGGCUCCAUUGUGGCUCCAAACAUUGUCAGGAUCAUGAACUAAACUGACUUCAGCGGGAGCCAAAAUGGCAGACCUGUAGCUGCAGUUUCCUCUCUCUGUGCUGUGCGGAGUAUAGGAGCUGAUUCAACUGUGGGCUCCAACAAAACUGCCAGGAGGUCUUGUAUAGUACAUCCAUUUUUAAAUAAAGUUUUCCACAAGGACA